UUGAUAAUUCGUUCGGAUCGUAAUCAAUAACUUUGUAAAGACCAUAUAUAUGUACUCGGCAGCAGCAGAUAUAGUACAGAUAUCAUUUGCUUCCGUAAAAUUUAUUCUGAAAGUAUUUUUGAUCUGACAUCGCGAGGAAACUUUUUGACGGAACUAUCCGGGCUACGCCUCAACACAUAGAAAAGGUUGCCUAUACAGACAACGCAUUCUUAUGUAUGCGUGUUAGAGCGACGAUCGUGGCAACGUUGCGCAUCAGCUGUUAUAUACAUAUACCGAUAUUCACGUGCCGAAGUUGAAUCUAUAUCGAGAGAGUUCUUUUUGAAAAACGAGGAAUUUAUCAGAAAAAUGUCAGAUCGAACGCGACAAAAGGGGAAGUUUAUUAAAAAAAAAAGUGCUGGCGAAAAAAAUGAAAGCCGUAGCGGCUUCGUUGCAAGCGCAAACACUACAACCAAGAGCCGAUCGGGAAAAUUUGGAGGUUAUCCCUUGUCAUGGGAGACGUAUUGUCGAGUUGACAGAACUCGGCAAGAAUCUUCGGUGCUGCAAAUGUUUCAAAGUUCUGUCAUUAGAAAAUAUAGUGAAGGAAACACGUCUCGGGCUCAUCUCAUGUUUGACGGUCUCUUGCGAAAGUUGUUGUGUGAAUACAUCCGUUUUAACCGGGAAAAUGCACACUUCGAAAAAUGAUGCCAAAUUGUCAGACGUGAAUACGAAAAUUAUCCUUGGAGCUGUUCACGCAGGCAUUGGUUCCACCGCUUUGACCAAGCUCUUAGAUGGUUUGAACAUACCUCCGAUAACAGAUAAUUUAUUCAAGCGAUAUGAACGAGAAGUGGGACCAGUGAUUGAAGAAUGUGCGAAGGAAAGUUGUCAAAGAGCUGCAGAGAAAGAGCGCAAACUAGUAAUUGAGAAUGUUGAGAAGUUAUGCGAUGAAAUGUGAGUUUACGGCAUGAUGGGCCAGGGCUUUUUUCAUAGAUUUUGUUUUGCGUAGAUGAAAUAUAUUGACAUAUACAUUUUCUUUGGUAUAAGAUUUUUCAUAAAGCGCUGUAAGAAUUUGUAUUCCAAACUCUGCUAUGAAGAACUUUUAUUCCAAGCUCUGCGGCGCUGGAGAUUUUUAUUCGUGUCACUUAUUACUAUCAAUUUGAGAUUGAAUUCAUUUUUUCUCCUCUAUGAUUGAGUCAGUAGUAAAAAAAAUUUCAUUGCAACAUUUUUAUUGAAAUUGCACAUGUUGGAUAGAAAGAACUUUGGUUCCGCAGAAUUUGAAACUUAAGAACUCACCAUUCGGCGCAGAUGAACAGACACAAAUUUUUCCUGACGACGCAGUUAAAAGCUAUGUAGAGUAAGAAAAAUUGUUACCUCAAUCACCUCAGUUACAGAAUGAUUGUUCAACAGAUGAAAUUAUUUCACUUUGUUGCUCUUUAAAAAAUCAAACUAAACAAAACAAACUUGGAAUAAUUCCAAAAUAUAACCUAGACCUCACAAAAGUAAUGUUUAUAUCAUAUUUUUUGAUCCAUCGCAGUCAGUGCAGAAAUGUAUACAACACAGAUGAACUAUUUACAGUUAAAACAAUUAUUGGAGAAAUUCAUGAAUUGCAUGGGUAGGACUCAAAAGUUCGCUAUUUUAGGCCUUCGAACUUUUGAGUCCCACCCGAAUUGUAUUUUUCUUAAUGAUCAUUUUUUCAGACUUUAUAUAUAUAUUAUAUUUGCGUAUGCAAACUUUUCUGUAAUUUUAUAUAGAAAUAUUUUUCUGAGGAUAUGCUAUUGCAGUCCCUUAUAAUUUGUACAUCGUGUAUUGUUCACAACGAUCAUGUGAAGGCUCAAUAAAAAUUCUUUAUAGUGAAGACUAAGCGCCGAUAGAAAAAUAAUGAAAUACUAAACUGUGAAUUUUACUACAGAUUUUUUUCUAGGUUUACUAUGACUCAUCUUUUAGCAUUAUAUAAUUGUAUUAUAUUGGGAGAAUCGACCAUUAAAAAAAAAAUAAAAUACUAAUAAAACGGUCAAAUAUUC